AUGAAUAUUUCGGGCAAAGAAAACACCUCUCAAAGAAUAAGCGCAGUAUUUCCACAACAAAUUUUUGAAUUAGUACUGACAAUCCAAUUGGAGGUUGGCAGAUUAUGUGAUCGAACCUGGCUUUAA